AUGAACACCACUGGUUUGAGCCAAAAGAGGGAACUACAGACACGACGAAGGUCUGCUCAACUUGCAUCCAAUGCAAAAAUAGCUCAGCACUACCACCUGCUUGUGCACAUGCGGAAAUCGAUAGCAACGAGGCCUAGUGGCAUGUCGGUCAUGAUAUACUCCAAUUGGUUCAUCUUUGUCGACUGCACAUUGUCCCAGUCCUUCGUGAUCGAUGAUGAGCCGCAAAAUGAUCCGUCCAUUCAUUCUCCUACGCCUGGCGCAGAAUGGGUCAGCCGUUCGUUCCUCAUCGAAUCGACUCCACUGUCAGCGAAGAGCCACUGUAAUUGUUGCUCAGUCGACACUGGACAAACAAAUCAAGCUCGCCAGAUCCCGAGCCCAUACCAUAUGCGAUCUAGGCUCACAGAGGCUGGCGCGUGCGCUCUAGCAUGUGGAUAUUAUACGCACGUCUGUCCUGUUAGGAGCCUUCAAUCAACUCCUAGUUAUCAGCCAGCAUCUGUUGGUCUAAGGUUGAGUCAAGUUCUACGCGGCGCAACGCAGCUCGACAGUUUCGGCAAUAGUUAUCGUCCUGCAGACUACUGCAGACCAUCGGCCAUAUUUCUCGCUGGUUGGCUCCUGUAG